AUGGUAAGUCCAUCCACCCCAGACCCAAACCUCAUCAAUUACCUAUCCGACGAUCAAGCCAGCUUGGCCCCGUCCACCAACGCAACACCCCAUUGCGAACGCUCUAGCCAAUCCCUCAAUCCCAUAACUAACACAAUGCACCACCAGGCCUCCCCUCGACCAGCAUCUCCCCUCACCUCAGGCGCCGAGUCCGGCCCUGACUCAAAGUCCGGUGCCGUCGCAGCCACCGGCAACUCCGUCGGCCGUCCCUCCUCUCCCUCGACUCCCGGCGGUCCUCGUGCUGCCAUGCGCCGCCGUGCCGCUGCUGACCACAAGGAGACUCUGCGCAAUGCCCGUCCCAGCUCCACCCGCUCUGCCGGCGCCGGUGGUUCGUCCGGAACCAUGCUCAAGCUCUACACUGACGAGAGCCCCGGUCUGCGCGUUGACCCCGUUGUUGUCCUGGUCCUGAGUCUGGGAUUCAUUUUCUCUGUUGUUGGUCUGCACGUCAUCGCCAAGAUCUCCCGCAAGUUCUCCGCUUAA